GCCCGCGCUCACGUCAUGGCAGCAGCCGAACCACCACGGAAAGGUAUCGUGACGGUGGGGCCCCGAGCUUUAAUUCAAAUAAACAUUUCGCUCAUCCGAACCUUAGGGAUGAAAAAAGAAUAAAAAUUAGCUAUCGAUAUCGAUUAAUCAAUUGAAAACAAAGCCAACACUCUUAUUCUUUGUCUAAGUGGGUUUUUACAAUUUCUCCUUAGCUCUUAUCUCACCCGAGAUUUCAUGAGUCCAUUGUUACCGCGGGCUAUCGCAAGUGCAUCUACCCGAGUCCACCUCACCAAUCCACGUGCGGUAUUUAGAGGCUAUCCCGCUCUCAUAUCCAACGCCGCAUUUGCCUCUAUUAACCAAAAUACGCAACACCGAGGGAAUUGCUAUUUAUCGCUCGUCCGCCCAGCAGCGAUUUUCUCACCAAUUACUUUGAAGACAAAAGAAAACCAGAGAACAAUAACGUCGGCAGCAAUGUCUACGGAUCUCAUCGAGACUGCUAAGCGGGCUGCGUGCCGGCAGGCCGUGGCCAACCAUUUCAGCCCGGACUUUACUUACGUCGGUAUCGGGAGUGGUAGCACGGUGGCGUACGUUGUGGAAGCCAUCGCGGAGCUGGGGCCGUCCGUUACCGGCAAGAUGAAGUUCGUGCCGACGGGAUCGGGUUCGACAGGGCUGAUCCACAACGCGGGGCUCUCGGUGCUGCAGGUGCCGGACCUCCUGCUAGAAAUAGGCUUUAACCCCAGAUCCGCAGACCGCCAGCCCAUCGACAUCUACUUCGACGGCGCGGACGAGGUCGACGCCGAGCUUAACUGCAUCAAGGGUGGUGGUGCCUGUCUCUUCCAGGAGAAGCUUGUUUCUAGCCUAUCCAAGUCCUUCAUCUGCGUCGCCGACAGCCGCAAAAAGGUCGACCGUCUCCUGACUAAAUGGGCUUACAUUCCCGUUGAAGUAUCCCCUAUGGGCGGCGAGUACGUGCGUCGCGAGCUAUUACGUCUAGGUAGUACCGAUCCCAAGAUUCGGACUUCGGGCCCUACUCACAUCCGUACCAUCACGGAUAACCACAACCACAUCAUCGAUGCGCCGUUCCCGACGCUACUGCUGAAUAGCGAGGCUGACAAGUUAGACCCUGCCAAGGGGCUCUGGACGCCGGACGCGUUGCUGGCGCGGAUCAAGAAGAUCCUCGGUGUCCUUGAGGUGGGCAUUUUCUCCGGACUAAAUGGUCCGCAGGUAGCACAGCUAGGCACGGAUAUAGAAGGAGUGAAGCCUGUAAAGGCAUACUUCGGCACGCCGGACGGCAAUGUAGAGACGUUGGGUUAAAAUACGACGUUCAGGCUAGGAGACCGGAUCUUCCGGAACUGGUAUAAAAUUUGGUCUACAUUCUGCCAUCACUUAUAUGAAGAUAAAAGCUAGUCGGGAUGGCUUAUAGACGUUUGGAACUGUUCAAACAUCUACUGUGGCACAAGUAUAUAAAGCUAAGACCUUACUUCGGACCAUUUCAACGGCGCUUGAAUUGGAAUAUU